AUGGAGAAAAAAAAUAAAGCUUGGAAAGCUAUUACCCAACAAUAUGAAAUUAACGCAAUGAAAAAUGGUAUAACUAUUCCAAGAACAAAUGCUCAACUGAAAAGAUGUUGGACUAAUUUAAAAUGUAGGAAAGCUGAUUCAGCCAAUAAACAAUAUCAGUUACAGACUGGUGGUGGUCCACCAGCUAAAAUAAACGAAGAUGAAGACCUAAAUGAAACUGUUCGUUCCAUUGUUCCUACAAUAGAUUUUACUCUAGAUCUAGAAAACCCAUGGGACAGCACAGCUGAAUUUGAAAGUAUAGCAUGCAGUGAAGACGAAAUAUUUGUUAAUGAUUCAUGUGAAGUAGAAAGUAUGGAAAUGAAUGAAGAUUAUGGACAAUAUGAAUAUUGCGAAGACUUUGGCAAAAACGAUGAUCAAGUUCCAUGUUCCAGUAUAAGCACUAAAAGUGCAAACAAUUAUGUUCAGCCCAAUAAACAUCUUUCUAUAAGUAGUGUUGAAAAUGCUGCAAGGAAGAUAUCAACAGAUACAAAUUUUACGAAAAAACCAUUAAGUCAAUUCAACAUAAGUGCUGUAUCAGAAAUUAGAUUACAGAAAUUAGAAGAGGCAAUACAACAACAAGCUGAAUUACAUCAGAAAAAACUUCAUGCCAUAACUGUGGAAAAAGAGUAUUGGGAAGAAAUGAAAAAUACUGUCGCACUAAAAAAAAGUGUUUAUGUGUUAGAAAUCAAAGCAAUGAAAGCGCAAUUAAAAUAUUGGGAAGAAAAACAAAAUUAG